AUGUCUUAUGCACCCGCUGACCGUCCCUUCUAUGAUGCGGAUAGUCACAUCAUGGAACUGCCCGAUUUUCUGAAGUCUUACGCAGAUCCGGAUAUUCGCGAUGAGAUACCGGAAGUGAGUUACAGCGCUUCAAUUGUGACUGACGAAGAAGUUGCGCAGAUAGUUGCUCAAGGCGGUAAACACAGUCCUGAGCAUGUUGCCGAGCAAAUUGCAUUAGGCGACCAACUCAUUGAAACUUCAAAAGAAAUUCAAGCCCUGGGGGCAUUUAAUGCCCAGGACCGCUCGGUUGCCAUGGACUUGCUGGGUUUUAAAAAGCAGCUGGUUUUUGCAACCCACAGUGUGGCCUUUCCUUUCCACCCCAGUAGUAAAAAACCUGCACAUUUACGUUACGGGGCAACCCGAGCGCACAACCGGCAUAUGGUUGAUUUCUGCGCUGAUGAUGAUCGGUUGAUGGGUGUGGGAGUGGUGCCGUUGGAUGAUCCUGCGCGCGCCAUAGAAGAAGCAAAAUGGGCCAUUGAUAAUGGCCUGCAAGCGAUCUGGGUGCCACAUCGUGCGCCGAUCGGUCAUGCGCCGGGCCAUGUGGAUCUUGAGCCCUUCUGGGCCAUGCUGGCGGAGGCCGGUGUACCGUUCUUGUUGCACGUUGGCGGAGCGCCGUUGCAGAUCAACAGCUCCUGGAGUAAUAACGGGCGCGCGGCCACACGCGACUGGAUGGGUGGGGGUGAGAACGUCCGUACAAAAGACGCCACCGUUAUGCAUCAGGCGCCAGAGAUGUUCUUGAGCAUGCUUGUCGCUGAUGGCGUCCUGCACAGACACCCGACGCUGAAAGGUGCGGCGGUUGAGCUGGGUGCCGGUUGGGUGCCGGAGAUGUUGCGACGCCUGGAUGCGGUGGCCAAAGUUUACAGUCGGGUUGAUGAGUCGAUUCGAUUCGACCGCAAACCCAGCGAGCAGAUCACCCAGCAGAUGGGCUUUACGCCCAUGCCCCAUGAGGACGUCGGUAACAUGAUUGCGCAGUCCAACCCGGAUCUGUAUCUCUUCUCCAGUGACUAUCCGCACAUCGAAGGCACACGUGAUCCCAUUGCUCGAUUUGAAAAGACGCUGCCACAAGCUGAUGAGCAGGUUAAAGCGGCCUUUUACAGUGAGAACUUUCUGCGUCUGUGGCCGGAUGCCCGGGUCAGUUAA